UGUGUUUGUGUGUGUGUGUGUGUGUGUGCGUGUGUGUGUGUGUGUGUGUGUGUGUAAGUGGGCAUCAUGACGACUUGCUGAUGAUGGUGGGCUCACAUUGACUCUACACGCUGCAGUGGCCGAAGCAACCAUGUCGCACUUCAUCCUGCCAGUUCAUCUGCAGGUCCUGCUGGCUGUGUUCCUGGCCAUCUUCUGCUACUGUGUGGUGCUCGCCUUCAUCUUCUGCUGCCGGCCAAAGAAGGGUGUGCCCUCAGAUGACAAGGAGGUGGGCAUUUCGUGCCCUCACCCCAGCGAGCGUGUGACCAUGACGUUGACACCAGCGCUGUGCACACGGUCCGUCCGGCAACAGUACGAAGAACUGGAUGGUGACGUACUGGACUUCAAGUCCUCUAAAAGCAGCUCAUCCCCAUUAGAGGAAGACCUCAGCAAUGUCGCGUUCGAUUCUAGGUCCUUGUCUCCACUUCGCUGCCUUAGUCCACCGCUUGUUCCUUUGGCGUCCCGUAAGAAUUCGAGCCACUGCCGUGUGUCCUUGCCCUCACUUACUAAGCUGGUCCCUAAAUCACACUGGGCAAAAGGCCGGCGAAGCACUGUGAGUGGGGAAAGUUUUAGCCGCCAGGCUGCGCUCUCUCCGUCGCAGUACGGCUCCAUCACAUCCUCUGUCGCCGCCAAGCCAGCCCCCUUGCUGCACUUCUCCCUGCACUACUCCUCAAGUGGCACCCUGGUGGUCAACAUCCUGGGGGUGUCUGGGAGAAGGCGCAGUAAUAGGAUUAUGGUGCGAGCCAGCCUGCCUCCGCUGUGCCCGGUACCACACCAGGUGGCCUCCCGACGCCGCAGUUUCAGCCCGGAGGUACAGAGCCAGAGUGUGGUGCUUCAAGUGGGCUCUGUGGAGAGGCUACGGGCAUGCACACUGAGACUGGAAGUCUAUGACCGCGGCUUCUCUGGCCUGCGGGAGCUGGCGCUGGGUGUGGUGGAGCUUCCCUGCCAGCACCUGGACUGGGAGUCAGACACGACAGCAACCUGCACCAUGCAACUAAGCCCCACCAAGAGCAAACUCAAGAAGAGUGUGAGCUCUCAGGACACAUGGUCGCGCAGGAAGAGCUCCAUGUGUGCCCCGCGAUUGUUGGGCCAGCUCUUUGUGCUGCUCCAAUACCAGGCGCCGGGGCGUCGCAUCAAGGUGAUGGUGUGUAAAGCCGACCAGCUGGCCAAUCUCACGCGCAUCCCCGGAGCUCCAGACCACUACGUCGUAAUCAACUUGCAUCACGAUGGAAACGUGAUCAGUACCAAGGCGACCAAAGGAGCCGGCGGUUCGAGUCCUGUUUGGAACGUUCCUUUCUUAUUCGACUUGCCGCCCGGGGACGUCGCUCAGCUACCGUUGCUCCUCGAGUUCAUUGUCAUGCAGGGUCGUCUCUACACCAAGAGCAGCAUUUUGGGUCGCGUGCUGAUUGGUGGCCAUGUUUCGGAGGCGGGGCUAGGACACUGGAAGGAAAUGUGCACCCGGGGCCCAGUGGAGACUGCCCGUUGGCACGCCAUCCAAGCAGAUGUGCAGUACGAGUGAUUGACAAAGAAUUUUAAUGCUUUGUUUUCGUUGUGUUUAUUUAAUUGUAAAGUGUCCAUGUAUACUAUUGUCUACUACAAAUCAUUCAAAAACAAAAAGCAAUAGGCCUAUACUAGCAUUACACCCAGAAGCAUGUAAUUAUCCUUUUUAGCUUACCUGGCUAAUGUUGUUGUUUUUGUGUUUGUAAUUUUUAUUUUUAUUUUUUGAGAUUGUAUUGUUUCUUUCAUACACGUACAUCUUACAUUCUGUAUGGCACUAUUCGUGAUUUUAGGGUGUUUUACAGUUGGGGGGUAUAUUGUUGUUUUUUUUCCCCACAAGAUGUAAUUAUGCAAAGAAUGUAAGAUAAGAAAUGCAUUGCAAAAUAAUAAAACUGCAAUGCUAAGUUGUUACACUAUGAUGCUAAAGGCUGGUUGCAAGUUGAUUAGCUUUCAGAACAAAUAGCUGGUGCUUAUGUGAUACUUUUAGCAUUAUUAGAUUGGUAUAUGUAGCAGUGAGGUACUUUUGGAGGCGUAUUUUCACACCAAACAAGCCAUCUUUUGCGAGUUGUUGCUAAAAUAGAGGUUUCUUCAUUACAACACAGAAAAAGCAAAACUGAAAAAUUUAAAUAAAUAAAAAAAUGAAAUAAAGUUAAAGUUAAUAAAGUUAUUUUAAACAAGUAUGAGUAAAAUUCAAAUUUACAAUAUAUUUACAUUUUUGUAUUUAUACUGUAACAUGUACUUUAAAUAUAAUUCACCCAGAAAAAAAACAAAAUUUAGCCUUAACCCAAUGAAAAGUUUUCUAUGAUAUUUUUCCAAAACGGUUUACACUUCUAUUUUAAAAUGCCAUAUUUAUUAUUUGAAUGGAAUGAAUAUAAGGUAAAGUGAGAAUCGCCCGUGGGUUUUAUGUAUUUUGAGAAACUACGCUAAGCGAUAUUUUGGGUUUAUAUCUAAAAUAUGUACUACAUGUGCUUUUGUUCUUAAGAAGAACCAGUUAAAGAUAUACAUUUUGCAACACCCCCAAAGUUGACCUCAAAAUUCUGGAAAUCCCUUCUUGCUAUGUAUAAUGCAUUUUUACAAUGCACGAUUUUGCUUUUACUCAUAUGAUCAAAACAUUAAGUAUUAUCUGUAUUUUUAGUCUUUUUUUCAAAGAAUUAUUCUGAAGUUAGGUACUUUAUUUGAACACGUAAUCCUUUUUCUAAUUUACUUGCUCUUAUUUUGAAAUUCACAGCCCUAUUUCUAUUUAGUAAAUUGCAAAACACACAGUUGUGCUCAUAUGUUUGAUUACCCAGGCAGAAUUUGUAAGGACCAGGACAUGAAGGACAGGGCGAAACAAAUUUUAUUUUACUUUAAUGGGAUUCAAAUUAAACAGUCAAGCAUUUCAGAAAAGCAUUAUCACUAAACAAAACAUAACCAUAAAUUUUCAGUCAUAUUAAAAAACAAAAAACAAAACAAAAAAAACAAUAUUUCACAAAUUCUGCCAGGCUAUGUAAACUUAUGAACACAACUGUACAUAGAUGCACUCAUACGUACCCGUCAUAGUGGAAUGAAAGUGUAGGCUACACUUUUUUUUAUAACCACUAGGUGGCGUUGGUAUUUUGGAAUGAAAGUGUACAGCUUUUUCAUAACCACUAGAUGGCGGGAUACAUUUAUAAACUGUGAAAGUUUUUUUCCCAUUUGCUCCUAUACCUAUGUAUAAUACGCACUAUUGACUUUUGACAAUUUCUUGGGGAAAAAAUGCACAUUAUAAACGAGAAAUUACGGUAAGUCAUUUUUGGCCUCAAAAUGUGUUACUUUUACCCUACAAUAUGCCAAUGUUUCCUCAAAAUCUGUCAUUUUUGUACUACCCACGCGCAAUUAAUUAUCUACAUUUUUCUACAGAACUGAAAAUGAACAUGUCUCCUUCUGUCCAAAUUAUUUUCAUCAUCCCCAUAUUAUUUCUGUCAUGUUUUGAUUUCAAAUUGUUCACUGUAUUUAAAAAUAGAAUACAGCUGUGAUGUAAUCUCUGGUCUUGGGCGGUAUGAUGUCAUAACACAUCAGCCAGCACGUGAAGUAGUGACAUUUUCAUGUGUUGUAUAAUAUGCCAUGUUAAUAAAAACCAG